AAGGAAAGAAGAAAAUUAAGAUUGUUACAUGUCCAAUGGGAAAGGAAGAAAAGAACCAACAGAUUUUCUGUCUUUAUCUGAAAAGCUUGCAUCAAGCAACCCAGUAAAGAAAAACAGAGAGCCUCUUUCUUUCCCUCCCUCCCACUCUCUGUGAUCGUGUGCCAUCAUGUUAUGUCACGGGUUACUGUCAUUUACUCUCCUUCUGCUCACCUUUGUCUUCUUUACUUCUUCAGCAUCUGUUCCCCUCUCACAUGGUGCUUCUGUUACCUUCCCUUCCUUCUCUGCUCUACCCCCUGCUGUGGCAGGGAGAGCAGAUGAAGCUAAGUAUGAAAUGGAGUUCUCAUGGGGGACAAGAAGGCCUGUGGUGGAGGCGCCCAUCGGUGAACCUGUUGAUAACUCACCAGUACUUGUGUUAGCUCCAAAGAGGACUUACAGAAAAGACCCUCUUAAUGAUUUCAAAAGAUACACUGGAGGAUGGAAUAUCAGUGAUCGUCAUUACUGGGCUUCUGUAGGUUUCACUGCAGCUCCUCUGUUUGCUAUUGCUGCAGUCUGGUUCCUGGUAUUUGGGCUGUGCUUACUCUUUGGUUGCCUUUGUCAUUUCUGUUGCAAAAGGCAGCACUAUGGCUACUCUCAAACAGCUUAUGCUCUCUCCCUCGUUUUCCUCAUUCUCUUCAGCAUUUGUGCUAUGAUUGGAUGUGUUGUUCUAUAUACUGCUCAGGAAAGAUUUCACAAAAGCACAACACAAACUUUGGAGUAUGUUGUGAAUCAGGCAGACACCACAGUCGAUAAACUAAGGGCUGUGUCAGAUUUUAUUGCUUCAGCCAAGCUAGUUGGAGUUGAUCAAGUUUUUCUACCUUCUAAUGUCCAAACUGAUAUUGACCAGAUUGGCACAAGAAUUAAUUCUUCUGCUAGUGUCCUUUCUGACAAAACGGUGGAUAAUUCAGAAGACAUAAAAGAUCUCCUGGAUUCUGUGAGAGUGGCACUGAUUACUACUGCUGCUAUUAUGCUUCUCCUAACAUUUCUUGGAUUCUUGUUCUCAAUUUUCGGCAUGCAGUUCCUGGUGUACAUCCUGGUCAUCGUUGGAUGGAUUCUUGUUGCUGGAACAUUCAUUUUGUGUGGCACAUUCCUUCUUCUUCACAACGUGGCUGGAGAUACUUGUGUCGCUAUGGAUCAUUGGGUGCACAACCCGACUGCUCAUACAGCUUUAGACGAUAUUCUGCCCUGUGUGGACCAAGCAACUACCCAAGAUACUUUGAUAAAGAGCAAGGAAAUCACUUCCCAGCUUGUAGAAGUGGUCAACCAGGUCAUCACUAAUGUUUCUAAUCUCAACUUCUCCCCCAACUUCAAACCAAUGUACAUCAACCAAUCUGGUCCAUUGGUGCCAAUACUCUGCAACCCAUUUUAUGCCGACUUGACGAUUCGGCCUUGCAGUGCUGGUGAGGUGGACUUGACCAACGCUACACAGGUAUGGAGUAGCUAUGUGUGUCAGGUUUCACCAACCGGGAUAUGUGCUACGACAGGACGUUUGACCCCUGCAUUCUACAGCCAAAUGUCAGCUGCAAUAAAUGUGAGCUAUGGAUUGAAUAAUUAUGCUCCUUUCCUGAUUGAGCUAGGAGACUGCACUUUUGCAAGGGAAACAUUCAGUGACAUAUACAAGGAUCAUUGUCCAAGUCUCAGGAGAUACAGUAGAUGGAUCUACAUAGGUUUGGUGAUGGUAUCUACUGCAGUUAUGCUUUCUCUAAUCUUCUGGGUCAUAUAUGGUAGAGAAAGGCGGCACCGUGUGUAUUCCAAGCAGCUAGUGUCUGAAUCAGCACAAGGUUCGGAAAGGGAGAAAACUUCCUGAAAAAUGAAAAUUUAGAUCACUUCAUCAUAUUGUUGGCGUUUGUUUGAAGAGGUUUUUUCUUCUUCAGUUUGAUUUGCUGCUUUGUAUACGUGCAUUAACGUCUUUUGGUGCUUUCUCCAAGUAUGCUGAAAUUGUAGUCGAGUGUAACCUCCAACAACAUAUGCUUUAAGCCUGUUUGUGACAUUGUUUCAAGCUUUCUAAGAAGAGCAAGGACAAAAAUUUGAACAGAGAAUGAUGAUUCGAUUCACUCUCA